UUAGUGUUGAUCCCUGGAGAGAAUCACUGUCUUGCGUUUUUGGGUUUAUCUCUCCCUUAGUUUUUUUUCUUCUUCUAUUUUUAUCACUUUUUAGUUUUGUUGUUUUGUAUUGUUUAUCCUGAUACUUACACUUUUUGUAAGGGUUAUGUCGUAAAUCGCAAGAAGCACGUAACCGAUAAGUCAGCAAUAAUUGGCGCUCAAUUAACAAGCAAUCACAAUGGAGGAAGCUUUUACCAAGCCUACCCCGGAAAACCCGGAGCACAAAUUCGAACCGAUAAACUACACUACCGAAAUUCGUCAGAUGAUGCAUGGCUUUGGAGAUCAUUCGGAGCCCCUGGUCGAGACUGCAAAAAUCAUCGAAUCUGUUGUUUUGAAUCAAAUGAGAGGUAUUAUUCGCAAGGCCUGCGAGAUUGCGGACAUGCGAGAAAGUCCGACCGUCAGUACUGAAGAUUUUUUGUUUCUGUUGAGGAAAGACAAGAUCAAGUUGCAGAGACUUGUCAAUUAUUUGAAAUUAAAGGAAUUCAAGUCGACAAUGUACAAGACCAUAGAGCCAGAAGCCAUGGAUUAUUUGGAUGUUUCCAAGUCUGAUGAGGUUUCCAAGAUACCGUGCUUUAAAUUUCUCAAGCACAUAGACAACACAGGUGAAUUAUUGAAUGACAAGGAAUUGGUUGACCAUGUCAAGCAUAAAAGAAAUAUGAGGAUGGAGAUGAUAUCAAGGAAGAUAGAUGAAUCUAGGUAUCUGGAAUUCAGCAAGGCUAGAUGCGUUUCGUUUGCAAACAAAAACAAACACAAAUUUAGCGACUGGAUUGGAGCGAGCGGUGAUCUCACGAUAUCCAAGGCAGGGUACACAGUGUUGGGGUACCUGGCGUACGAAACGGUAGCUCAAAUUGUUGACCUUGCAUUUUUAGUACGGCAGGAUCAGAACAAAUUGCAAGGUGAUCCAAUCGAUAGGCUCCAAUCUAGUUAUCCCAAUCCUAUCACGUACAAGCCUUAUCAAUAUGCAAAGCCAGUCAUGACGAGACCACUGACUCCGGCCGAAGUUAACGAGGCGCUCAGACGAUAUUGGUCACCUCAGUUGGAGAUGUCGAGUAGCUGGUCCAUGACAAAACCACACACAAAGUUCCUAGCUUGUUAAACCAUAAGGUAUUUGAAUUUCACAAUAGGCAUCAUACAAACAUCAAUAAUAGCAAUAAAAUCAAUCGUUAUUUUGUAUAUAAAUUAAAUUUUUAUUUCGCUUUCUG